AUGACAUAUCUGUUCUUGGCGUCAGUUGCUCCUUUGGCAGCUCUGGCACCAUCAACCGCUUUACAUUUUGUAUCUGCUCAUGUUGGCCAGAAUGUGACUUUAAAAUGUUUCUAUCAAGGCAAUAAUGGAGUAAUAUUUUACUGGUAUAAACAAACCAAGGGGAAAAAAGCUCAGGUCAUGUAUGAGUUCUAUAAACAUAGGCAAAAUGGCUCUUUUAAUGGUGAUCUGAAGAGUGAUCAGCGAUUUGAACAGGAAACUGACAAUGGUAAAAUCCACCUGAAAAUAUCAAAUGUGCAAAUAUCAGACUCAGCUACGUACUACUGUGUAGGCCUGUUUUCGUAUGUGUUUGAAUUCUUGGAGGGAGUUAAUGUCAUUGUAAAGGGUUCUGCUUUAAUUGCUAAGGCUGUCAUCCCCCAGUCAGAACCAGAGAACAUCCAGCCAAUUGACUCAACGACUUUUAACUGUACAGUACAAACUGGGACAUAUGAUGGCGAACAAAGUUUUUACUGGUUCAAAGACUCAGAAGACUCUUUCCAAAAGAUGAUUUAUACCCAUGGAGGUAGGAACAAUAAGCGUGACAACAAGAUAAACACCAAAACACACACCUGUGUGUACAACCUGCCUCUGAAUGGCUUGGAUUUGUCUUACGCUGUAAACUACUACUGUGCUGUUGCCUCAUGUGGACAGAUACUGCUUGGAAAGACAACCAACAUAGACUUAAGAUAUGACUUAGUUACCGUUUUGUGUGGAGCCUGCGCAUUCACCUCUGCCCUCAGUCUUUUACUGGUUUUUUCAUUGUGCAGGAUCACUAAGAAGCUCAAAUCUUCAGGUAACACUUAG